CGGAGCAGCCGCUGGAGCAAGGGAAAUAAUCCUAAUCGUGACUAUAGGAAUAUGCUUGGGCCGGUUGGGGGAUGCACACGACUAAACCGGCAGAGGAAUAUGGAUGAUGCAAGUUCAUGAAUUAACUCAAGGCAAGAGACUCGCCACACAGUGCGCUGUUUUCACCAAUGAUCUAACGAAAUCUAGUUUACCUGUCCGUCCCACUCCCAGUGCCAGCAUGGAAAAAACAUUCAGCGGUUCACAUCCCGGGACUAGCAAAAGCAACUCUGUGUUCCCCUCUUCGGAUCGUGCUAACUCUGCCAGAAAGAUCGGGAGAACACACAGCCCGGGCUCGUUGUCAGCUGGCAGUCCGGCUGGAGGGGCAGGGAGUCGGGGUCGGGGAGGAGUAUCGGGAAACGGCGUCAAUCUGCAAGUACACAAGGGGCACCUGGAAGGGGUCCUGAGCAAAUACACGAACCUGCUUCAAGGCUGGCAGAACAGGUACUUUGUUCUGGACCCAGAGGUGGGGCAGCUGCAGUACUUCGUCAAUGAGAAUGUGAAGAACCAGAAGCCCCGGGGGUCGCUGCCCCUCAUCGGGGCGUCCGUGGCGGCGAGUGACGAGGCGCCCCACAUGUUCACUGUUCACUCGACCAAUGGGGAGCUCUACAAGCUCAGAGCGGCCGAUGCGAAGGAGCAGCAGUUCUGGAUGAACCAUCUGCAGACCUGUACCAGACGCCACUCAGACAGCAGUGCAAAGGUGCGAAAGCUCAAGGGGUCCGAUGAGCAUCUGUAUGUGGAGAAGACAGGAAAUGGCCAAGAGGGACUGGGCUCCUCCAACUCUUCGUCCGGCCGUACACACAGCUUCUCCCUCCUGCCGCCUUCCUCCUCCUCCUCCUCCCCGGGGACCCAGAGACACCUUAUGCACUCUGGGGCCGGCAACAACAUCGUCACCGUCACCCACCACAAGUCCCCCGCCGCCGCCCGCCGCGCCAAGAGCCAAUACCCCGGGAGGCUGCUGGAGGUCAAAGAGAUCAUGACACAGGUGGAGGGGCAGCAGAAGAACCUGGUGCAGUCCAUCGAGUCCCUCCCCACCCGCGGUCCCCUGUCCUGCCUGGACCAGGACCUGCUGCUGCUCAAGGCCACCUCAGCCGCCACCCUCAGCUGCCUGGGAGAGUGCCUGAACAUCCUGCAUCAGAACGUCACCCAGGUGACCCAGCAGCAGCAGAGCCAGAACCGCGGCCCGCCCCCCGAUGCCGGCCCUGAGUGGCCUGAACCCAAGACGCCGACGGCGGAGCUUAUGAAAAACGGAAGCCUGACACCGCUGCCUUCGGGCGAGCCCUCCCCUGCCCUCCGAAAGGAGGAGCUGCCUCAGAACGCUGAGCAGCCCGGCGGGGAGGCGGUCAGCCCCGGCGAGGAGGUGAUAGACACCGAGGACAACGAGGAGGAGGACCUGGGGGUUAUGGACGACCAGCGCAGCGUCAUCCUGCACCUGCUCUCCCAGCUCAAGCUGGGCAUGGACCUGACGCGGGUGGUGCUGCCGACGUUCAUUCUGGAAAAGCGCUCCCUGCUGGAGAUGUACGCUAAUUUCAUGGCGCACCCAGACAUGUUCCUGUCCAUCACAGCGGCGGCGACAGCCGAGGAGCGCAUCGUGGCCUUUGUGGAGUACUACCUGACCGCCUUCCACGAGGGCCGCAAGGGCGCAGUGGCCAAGAAGCCCUACAACCCGGCACUGGGCGAAACCUUCCACUGCUCCUGGGAGGUGCCGCAGGACAGCGUGCGGGCCCCGAGGACUAGCAGCUCCGCGCCCGCCACCACGCCCCCCCGGGACGCGGCCGGGCGCUACAGGGUGCGCUUUGUGGCCGAGCAGGUCUCCCACCACCCGCCUGUCUCCGGGUUCUACUGCGAGUGCCAGGAGCGACAGAUGUGCGUCAACGCCCACAUCUGGACUAAGAGCAAGUUCAUGGGGAUGUCCAUCGGAGUGUCCAUGGUCGGGGAAGGGGUCCUUUGCCUUUUGGAGCAUGAUGAGGAGUACGUCUUCACACUGCCCAGUGCCUACGCCCGCUCCAUCCUCACCGUGCCCUGGGUGGAGCUCGGGGGCAAGGUCUUCAUCAACUGCGCCAAGAGCGGCUACUCAGCCACCGUCACCUUCCACACCAAGCCUUUCUACGGAGGGAAGGUACACAGGGUGACAGCCGAGGUGAAGCACAACGCCACCAGCACCAUUGUGUGCAAGGCCCAGGGCGAGUGGAAUGGGACGCUGGAGUUCACCUACAGCAGCGGGGAGACCAGAGUGAUUGACACCGGCAAGCUGCCAGUCAUCAGGAAGAGGAUCCGGCCGGUGGAGAAGCAGGGAAAGUCCGAGUCGAGGCGGUUGUGGCAGCACGUCACCACGGCGCUGAAGGAGGGGAACAUCGACGCGGCCACCGAACACAAGCACCGUCUGGAGGAGCGGCAGCGCGAGGAGGAGAGGCAGAGGGCCGCCACCAACACGGCCUGGAAGCCCAAGUACUUCGUCAAAGAGGGAGAGGGCUGGGUGUAUCACAACCCCCUGUGGAAGACACACUGACAAGAGUUCCACAGCCAACAUCCAGAGAGCCCUGUUCAGGAAAGGGUGGGGCGAGGGAAGGACACCGGGAGGAGGAGCCACGGAGAGCACCGCCCCUUUCCUGAGGACUUUGAAAGCCAACCGUCCUCUCCGUCGGAGCCAAAAGUGUACUGUACAAACACUACUUGUGCUAGAAUCUCUUCCACCUUGGAGAGGUUUGGUGAGGG